GGCAUGUAAAGAGAUAUUAGCUCCACAUUCUGCUAUAGAACAGGGCGCCACCUGCCUUCUAAUCCAUAUUAUUGUCUGCUGGAGUCAGAAAGCGAGAGAGAGAGGGAGAAAUGGGGAAUUAUUCAACCUGCUUGCUCAGGAGGUGAUACUGGAUGGACCAUGUCACGACUAUCUAGUGACCAGCUUCAAUUGCAGUUGCUGUCCCUGUUAGUUUCUAUGGAUGCCCAUGAAAAGUGUCUGAUCUCGUCUACGUGUUUGACAUUGCAGUUCUUGCUAAGUAGAUCCCAUAGGUACUCCUCAUGUUAAUGUCGCCGGGAACGAGUGGAUCCCACAUUCAGAGACUUCUCCGUAAGCAAAGCCUCAGUGGGGCUGAACGAAAGAAAAACAGAGAGGGGAAGAGAAUCGUAGCUCAGAGCAACCUCGCAACAUCUCAAAAGCUGGGUACCAUUUUCAGCAGACACGAGCAAAAAUCCUGAGUGGAUUUAAAUGAAUUCAUGUUUAUAAGUAGUGUGCACACCGUGGACAACAGAAUACUGAAUACUUGGAGGCGUGGCCCCUUCGAAUCCCACUUUUCUCUUUCCUGAUUCCUUUCUCCGUAUAUACUUCCAGCUGAUUUUCCAGCAGAAACGGAAUAUUAGCAUCCUGCCUUUUAGCAAGAUUCAUUUCUUUCAUUCUUUAUUAUUUUUAUUUUUUUCCAUUUAAGUGUGCAGGCGUUUGUAUAAGUCAUGCCUGUCAUUAUUCUUAAGAUGAUCUUCCUUUGAAAUCAAACUUGUCUUACGGGUUCUUGAGACUCCAACCGGACCUGGCGCCCUCAUGGCUUCUGGGGUCGCAGCAUGGCUACCCUUUGCAAGGGCAGCUGCCAUUGGAUGGAUGCCAGUGGCCAACUGUCCUAUGCCACUGGCACCAGCUGAUAAAAACAAAAGGCAAGACGAGCUGAUAAUUCUCAACGUCAGUGGACGCCGAUUUCAAACCUGGAGAACUACCUUAGAGAGGUACCCAGACACACUGCUCGGAAGCACAGAGAAGGACUUCUUCUUCAAUGAGGAGACCAAGGAGUACUUUUUUGAUCGUGAUCCAGAAGUGUUCAGGAGCAUCCUAAACUUUUACAGAACUGGCAAGCUGCACUACCCUAGAUAUGAAUGCAUCUCUGCCUAUGAUGAAGAACUGUCUUUCUACGGGAUUUUGCCAGAGAUCAUAGGUGACUGUUGCUAUGAAGAAUACAAAGACAGAAAACGAGAAAAUGCAGAGAGGCUGAUGGAUGAUAAUGAAUUUGAGCACAGUCAAGAAGCCAUGCCCGAUCUUAAUUUACGCCAGACAAUGUGGCGAGCCUUUGAAAACCCCCAUACCAGCACUUUAGCCUUAGUCUUCUAUUAUGUAACUGGCUUCUUUAUUGCAGUGUCGGUGAUCACCAAUGUUGUGGAGACUGUUCCCUGUGGAACAGUGCCUGGAAACAAGGAGCUUCCUUGUGGUGAAAGGUACGUUGUAGCCUUCUUUUGCUUGGACACUGCCUGCGUCAUGAUAUUUACAGUUGAGUACCUCUUGAGACUCUUUGCAGCCCCAAGUCGCUACAGGUUCAUGAGAAGUGUCAUGAGUAUAAUUGAUGUGGUGGCCAUCAUGCCAUACUACAUUGGCUUAGUAAUGACCAACAACGAGGAUGUGAGUGGCGCCUUUGUCACCCUGAGGGUCUUCAGAGUCUUCAGGAUUUUCAAAUUCUCACGCCACUCCCAGGGCUUACGGAUCCUUGGAUACACUCUGAAGAGCUGUGCCUCUGAACUUGGAUUCCUCCUCUUCUCCCUGACCAUGGCAAUAAUUAUCUUUGCCACUGUGAUGUUUUAUGCUGAAAAGGGGUCAUCGUCCAGCAAGUUCACAAGCAUUCCUGCCUCCUUUUGGUAUACCAUUGUUACCAUGACAACACUUGGAUAUGGAGACAUGGUACCCAAGACUAUUGCAGGAAAAAUCUUUGGUUCCAUCUGCUCUCUGAGCGGGGUACUUGUCAUAGCCCUGCCAGUUCCUGUCAUUGUGUCAAACUUCAGCCGUAUCUACCACCAGAACCAGCGGAUGGAUAAAAGACGAGCGCAAAAGAAAGCCAGGCUCGCGCGAAUCAAGGUGGCCAAGACAGGGACUUCAUCUGCCUAUCUGCACAGCAAACGCAAUGGUCUUCUUAAUGAAGGCCUGGAACUAACGAGUUCCACAGAUGAUGACCCGCACAUUGCAAAAUCAUGUUCACUGAUAGAAAGUCAACACCACCACCUACUGCACUGCCUUGAGAAGACAACUGGAUUGUCCUAUCUUGUGGAUGAUCCCCUGUUAUCUGUACGAACUUCCACCAUCAAGAACCACGAGUUUAUGGAUGAGCAGAUGUUUGAGCAGAACUGCAGGGAGAGUUCUGUGCAGAAUUACCCAUCAAGUCGAAGCCCGUCACUGUCCAGUCAACAGGGUCUUACCUCUUCCUGCUGCUCGCGACGCAACAAAAAGACCACUCACCUGCCAAAUUCCAAUGUGCCAGCCACAAGGCUUCGCAGCAUGCAAGAGCUCAGCACAAUUCACAUCCAGUGCGGGGAACCACCAUCUCUUACCACCAGUCGUUCCAGCCUGAACAUGAAGUCGGAUGAUGGCUUCAGAUCAAACUGCAAGGCUUCCCACAUCACAACAGCAAUCAUAAGUAUCCCUACUCCUCCAGUGCUCAGUCCUGAGGGGGAGAAUAGACCUUCCAGCCCUCCAGGACGUGCAAGAAACAUUCACAGUAGCAACAUCGUGAAAGUGUCUGCGUUGUAAGACACUGUUGCUAGAGAACCAAGGCUACAGUACCGCAACUUUUUUUUGCUGCAAUAUUGUGGAAUCGGCAGUGAAAAGGUGACCAGCUUCUGCUAUACUUGCCAUUUACCAUCACAGAGCGAAGAUUAAGGAGCUUGAGCGUGAACAAUGGAUAUGUACAUACGUUCCUAUAUUCCUAUAUAUAGAAGUAUGUAUUUUUUAUUUUUUUUUUGUAGUGGGCUGAUAGGAUGUUUUUUCAUGGCAAGUAGAGAAGUUAACCUAAAAGCAAACUGACAACACUGUGUCUAAACACCUUUUUUUAAGGUUUUCAGUGGAUAAUAUUUAUUCAUAAAGAAAUGACUAAACAAAUUGUUUGACAAACACAAUGUAAGGGAUUGAUGAAGAGUUGUUUUCGCAGGUUGUGGAUAAAAUUAUAAGGGAACAAGGGGAAAAUAAAUGCAAUUUUUUUUCUUGAAAGAGAAUCCGCAAGCAACCAAAUUGACACAAAUUUUGUGUUAUAAUUCUCUGAGGGAAAAAAAAAAAAAAAAACAGUUUGGACAAAGGGGGUUGGGAAAGGGUUCGGGACCCUGCCAAAAGAAAAUCUAUUUUCCUGUGUUUUCUGUGAGAGAGUGGACAUUGAACUGUUGAACUGUUCAGGGGACAGAUCCUAACACAAUUUGGAUCCGGCACAUUAUAGAGGCGAGCACAUAUACAUACAUAAACACACAUCUUCCCUUGCUGGUGUGCUUGGUUAUUCAAUCAUUUUGUAUUAGCUUUAUAAGUCCAACCAGUGCAUACUGUGAUGUCGUCAGGUAUUUUGUCUGUGAAAAAGAAAAAAAGAAAAAAAAAAAAAAAAGAAUUAUAUAAAAAUAGCUGCUUGAGUAGCAAUUAGUCCCCACGCUGCCACUCAUUUUCCGCUUUAUAAUUUUACUUGUGUCAAGGCUACAGGGUCUGUGUUUAGGAAAAUUCUUAGGUAAAAGAAAAGUUACUUUUGGGGAUCGUUUUUUUUUUCUCUCUCUUUUUUUCUCAUCACAACAAUGGCAUUAAAAUACAUACACACUGAAGUCAACAUGAUGCUGGGGUUUGUUAAUAGCGGUUUUAAUAGUACUUGGAAUCUCUAGUUUUGGUUUCCAAGGCACUUAAUGUAAAUACGGUUAAGGUUGUUUGGUGUUUUUGAACUGAGUUCCUAUGAUUCCACUUCAAAAAUGUGUAUCGAAGCAGUGUGUAGCGUCUGGACCAUAUUACGAUUUAAUAAUGCAAUGAUUAGUCAGUGCGGUAUAUUUAUUCAAUGCAUCCACUGCGCAUCCAUGCAACAGCAGACUAUUCCUAAGAGAUACAUAUUUUACAAAAACUAUUCCCAACAGCUAUUUUAUUUUACUUUUUUUAGCAGCUAAGAAUCCUUUAAAGCAAACAUAAGCUUGUCGUCGUUUUUCAACUAACAUUAACAUUUAAAUAUUUAGUGGUAUAAAUGUUCUUUUCUCAUUUGCUAAAUAAGAAAUAGUUUGGAAAACUCUGACCUCGUAUGUUUUUUUUUGCAGAGCAUAGUGGGACAAAAGCAAAAUAGUGCAAUCCAAAUUACAAAGUUUCCAACAUGUUGAUUACAAGUAUUUAUAAUAAGACGAAGGGUGGAUUCUUUAAAAUGUGCAGUACAUUUGCCACAUUUUCCAGCAACUCAGUACAUAUAUGUGUUGUAGCUGCAGUUGUUAAAAUGACUGCAUUGGAGAUGAAGAAGACAGCAUCUCUCUCAUGUUCACACUGCGGCUGAAAGUCACAGACAGUGGUUACUAUUGGGUAAUCCAUCUAUGAAUGUUGCAAUGCAGAUGGAAUUAAAACGAAAAUGUUCGGCUCAUUCAUUUGAGCCAGGGACAUAUCAAGAGUGUAUUUUUUUUUUUUUUUUUUUUAAAUGUCAGUUAUUGAUCACUUAGCUGAUAAAUGGAAAACUUAUAUCUAAAGUUUUACAUUGCACAGUACUAGUUCCGAUGCUAGUGUUUGGAAUUAUUUUUAUAUAAAUACUAUUUAAAAAGAGCUGGAAAACUCACAAAAGUAUAGAUGUGUCUCAAAGCACUGUAUAAAGUUAUAAAGCAUUUAUGCAUCUAUUAAAGAAGCCUCCCUUGCAUUUUGUUUAUGAAGUUGCAGCUAAGAGUAAGAUUAAUAUUACUCGUGUUUAUACAAUACCAUCAUAUUCCACAGUGCUUUACAAUCAUACUGUGGGUGAUAGAAUAGUGAAAAAACUAUCACAAAUGUUAACAUGAACCGAGCUGAUUGAGCUAAUUGUUAAACCCUGCUUGAAUGAGCUUACUAGUGAGGUUUAAAACACUAGAGACAGAAAUGUAGUGGAUAAGACCAGUAGAUGAGUGUGUGAAAACAGUAGAAGGAAGGUAAGAGAGUGAAGUGGACUUUAGAGCAACUAAUUUUUCUAGAAAAAAAGGGGUGAUAGCUUUAAAGAAUGAGAAUUACUCAGGGAGCCUAUAGGGCUUGCCUGAAGAGAUGAGUAUCCAUCAACAUAGAACAAUUUAUAAUUUGUAACUUGCAGUGAGUUAUAUGGGUCUAUCACUACAUGUUGAUACAAGACAGGGUGUAAACUGUUAGUUACCUCUCUAAGUAUCCCAAACCAUCAAAUGAACUGUAAUUUAACCACUGCUUUAAGGCCAUAGUCCUCUAAAGAGUAUGUAAAAAUUGGUAAUGGUUUGCUGUGCCUAUCGAUGUAGAAAUCUAUAAUAAUUUUUUAAAAAUAAGUGCUGGCAGUUAGAGCUUAAUUUGUUUAUUUUUAAACAUAGAGUAAAUUAUACAAAUAUAUUUUAAUUUAAAAAACAUCAAAGACCCUGUACAUUUCCCAUGAAUAAAAUGGUCAGUUGCCCUGCCUUUUUAUGAUCUCCCUGGAUGUCAGAUAUUUUAGAAGCACUAGAUUAGUUGAGAUAUGACUCUUUAGUUAUCCAACUGCUUACACGAUGUGGCUGUUGUAAUUUUCACAAUACCAAGAUUUGUUUAGUCUCCCUGCACCAUGUAUCAAAUGGUUUUGAUUAUCUGUGAUAGUGGUUCUUCAAGUAUCUCCAGUAACAGAUUAUUCUCUUUAUAUAGUUUGUCAAAUGUACAUCUAACAGCAUCAGAAACUACAUGAAAUGAAGGGGUGUUGAUGUAACCGCACACCCUGUUAGAAGUAACAAUGGGAUUUCAGGAUUUAUAAACCCAGCUUUAAAGGCAUUCCUCAGGACCUAUCAAAAGCCUUUAUACAGUGGCUCAGAGUGAACCUCCAUGGCAAGUUCACUUUCAGAGAUAUCUACGUAUGCACUAAUAUAAUUAUGAAGGAGAUGUUUAUUAAAUACCUCUUCUCUAGUGCCAAGAGCAUCGGUGUCAUGUUUUCUAAUGUAAACACCCAUGCUACCCCUCAACAUCCCAACCCCCACCUACCAAAUUGGCAUGGUUGAGUACACUUCCACAAACAGGUCACACCUCCCACCAUAAUGCUUAAAUACUAGCUUCUCUGCCAUAGAGUGACAUUUGUCGCACCAACUAAAUGUAUUUCUCUAGCACUGCACAAUAUGUUCUCUGAUAAGGUAUAAUCACAGCAACGCAUGUGCAAUAUAUGUAUUGCAAAAGGAGGAGAACCACUUAUAAGACAGUUCUCCUGUUCUCUCCUAUCACUCGGACCUAGGCAUAGUUCGCUUUGACAAGGAACUGACAGAUAGGCGAGUGGAGGGGCCAUCCUUUUUUUUUUUUUUUUUUUAAACACAUUUAUUGAAAUAUUGAGACAUCUGAUAUCAAUUCUGCUAGCACAAUUUAUAAAUGAUCUUUUUCAUGUAUUUAUGUAUAUAUAUAUCCAUUUAAACCUUUAAAGGACUAAUGACGCUCUUUGUUGCCAACACCGUCUAGGUUGUUAAAGACCUUAGGUUCAAUCUUUCAAAAAUGAAUAGCUCUAUCUUUUUAUGGUGGCAUAGUCCAUUGAUGGCAAACCUUGAAACCCCAAAUGUUUCUGAAAGAAAUCCUGCUCAGGCUGGCUGAGAAUCAAAGUAAACAAAGUACUGCAACAUCUUGGGUGCCAAGAGUAGCCAUAAUUGGCACUGACUAUCACUGAUUCUUAAAAGACAAACAGUGCAUGGUCUGUGAUCAUUAAGACAACUCUUUAAACCUGCACUCCUGGUGCACCCAACGGUCUAGUUACAGAUGUGUUAUAGAAAAUAACCUACCCUGGUCAGCAUGGUAAUUCUGGUUACCUGCCUGGUGCUGGGAACAGGAAAGUAUUAUUUUUAUCUUCACAUUUCUAAUUAUAUUUCAUUCCAUGUAAAUGCAUUGAGGUUUAGUGUUCUAGAAUCUGAUAUCAGCUCUGCAAACCCCAACACAAUUAAAUGCUUCUUGCCUUGGCUUAUAAUUUUGCCGUCUAUAACCUAGAACAGGGCAAGCUUCGCCCCUCCAGAUGUUGUGGACUACAUCUCACAUAAUGCUCUUACAGCCAUAAUGCUGGCAAAGCAUCAGGGGACAUGGAGUCACCAACAUCUGGAGUGUUGAAGGUUGCCUACCCCAGACCUAAAAGCCUGAUAGCAAGUGCGGGGACAAUACGCAAGUCAUCGUAUGCAAACAUAAAAAAGAUAUCCUUUUAGGGCAUGUCCAAGCAUUAGGGCCCCUACAAUUGUUUCUCAUACGUGUCCUAUGCACCACACACAUAAAAGAACAGGUCCUCACCUGGAUGUCAUGAUCAGUGUUGUUUGCUUGGGGCUCACACUAUCCCUCUCAUGUUUUAUUUCAAUAUCAUAUGCAUCAAGACAUCUUGUGACAAUCAAAUUGCCGCUACUUCAGGUUGAAAAGAGAAGAUGAGCUGUGAAAUGAGGAGUUUCAGUUUCGUAACUACAUCUACCCUUUGCUGCUCUUUGCGGCAGUGCAUUGCCAAGACGUUAGGUGUCAUCUCUGCAGUACCCUUACUUGUCUUUAUGUGCCAGUAGAAAAAAAAUAAAAAUAAAAAAAAUCUACAUAUAUAUAUAUAUAUGUAUAAAUUUGCACAAGAAGCAUUCCUUUUCUCUUGAUGUUUAAACUCUCCAGCAGCGAAAGGCAUUGAGAGCCAAAGAUUAUUGACUGUACUAUUUGUUGUACGGGCAAACAGAUAGGUAAA